CUGUGAAAUGGAGGUUGCAAAGGUUACUAUGCUUAAUGAUUUAAAUAGUUAUUCAAAUAACUAUUCCAUUAGAGUGAAGAUCGUUAGCACAUCAAGGAAAAUGAUGAAUCAGAAUAAGAAUGAAACAUAUCGGCUGGAUAUGAUCUUUAUGGAUGAAAUGGGCAAUAUGAUACAAGCUAGCUGCCUUCAUAAGUUGUUAGAAAGAUUCGAAGAGUUCCUACAGCUUGAUGAAUGUAUUCAGAUUACUAAACCUUCUCUUGCUGCUAAUAAGUCAUCUUCUAAAGUGGUCAACAGGAAUGAAAAAAUAUCUUUGUAUUUUUACACUUCUGUUGAGAAAGUAGUUGACUGGUGUGGUCCGAAAUACAAAUUUAAUUUUGUCAAUCUAAAAGAUGUUGUUCAGAAUAAAGUAGAAGUUAAUACUGCUAUUGAUUUCAUUGGAUUUGUGGAAGUGUGUUUCAACAUUGAAGACACAACAAAGAAAGAUGGCAGCAAAGGAAAAAGACUGAAUCUGAAAAUUGAAGAUCUUGAAGGUCAAAAAUGUCCUGUUACGUUGUGGGAUUCUUUUGCUGUCGACAUGUUUAAUUACAUGAAUGACAAAAAACGCGAGAAAUAUGUUGUUAUCAUUUGCCACUUUGGUACAGUAAAUCUUUACAAGGGAAAGCGUGGAGUGGCCAACAGUUUUGAUCUAAGUAGGCUUUUUAUUGAUAACGCUGACAUUGAAGAAAUUUCUUCUUUCAGAGAGAGGUAUGUUGCCAAAGUUUCAUCUUCUUCCUCAUCGAAUGACAAUGGUGGUUCUUAUCUUAUUUCAACGGUGGAAGAUGAGUUCCUCAAUAAAGGAGAUUUCAUGCUCAUUGGUUUACUUGGAACAGUAUUAGAGAAAAAGAAGGUGUUGGUUAUUGGCACAGUCACGGCCAUAUGUACGGAUAAGCUUUGGUAUUACAAUGGUUGUAACCACUGCAAAUCACGUGUCGAGGAUAGAUUUGUAACCAAAGAGGGUGAUGACGGUUCAUGUGAUGCUGGUGAAACAAAGGGUUUGGUUUGCACCAACAACGAAUGUCAAGGAGUGGACAUUUAUGCAAUUCCGCGUUUCAAGAUACCUAUCAGGGUCCAAGAUUCAUCUGGUACUGUUUCAUUAACGCUGUUUGAUUAUGAAGCUUUCAAAAUAUUUAAGAAAUCUGCAAAAGACUUACUUGCUGUCCAAGAUCAGGUAAUCUAA